AUGCAUAUAUAUAUAUAUAUAUAUACAUAUACUACAUGUAUGUAUAUAUAUAUAUAUAUAUAUAUAUAUAUAUAUAUAUAUAUAUAUAUAUAUAUAUAUAUAUAUGUAUAUAUGCUCAUGGGUGCGAAUGCGAAGUCGCCACGUUUUUGGCGUGUUUUUUCAAGCUUCCUAAACGGAAGACGGGGUCAGGGUGUUCUGUGGAGAACAGUCAACGCAGAGGAGUGGAAGCGAGAGCAAGAAGUCUGUAUGAAAGUAAUCUGGAAGCGGAGGCGCGAGCCGGACUCCCGUGUAGGCAGCCAGCGCGGAUGGUCGCCAGCAACUCGUAACCUUCUUUAG